CCCAGACUCCGGGGGCGCUGCGCUGUCCUCAACCUGUGCGUUCCCCUCGGUACACGUCAUGCAAAAGACCGGAGAAGCUCUGCGCAUGCGCACACCGUACUUCAGUUUCUGCGCUUCGAAGAGGUAGAGUGGAAGAUGACCAGGAUGCUGCAUGCGUUGAUGCUCGUGGCUCUGCUGGGCCUGGGCUCAGGGGAAGAGGGAGCCCGCUUGCUGGCCUCCAAAUCCCUGCUCAACCGCUAUGCUGUGGAGGGACGCGACCUGACCCUGCAGUACAACAUCUACAAUGUGGGAACAAGUGCUGCUUUGGAGGUGGAACUUUCAGAUGACUCUUUUCCUCCUGAAGACUUUGGAAUUGUUUCAGGAAUGUUGAAUGUAAAAUGGGACAGGAUUGCACCAGCCAGCAAUGUCUCUCACACAGUGGUGCUGCGCCCCCUAAAGGCUGGUUACUUCAAUUUCACGUCUGCUACUGUCAGCUACCUGGCCCAGGAGGGAGGGCAAGUUGUGGUCGGUUACACUAGUGCCCCGGGCCAGGGAGGCAUUCUGGCUCAGAGAGAGUUUGACCGUCGCUUCUCUCCACAUUAUCUGGAUUGGGCUGCGUUUGGUGUGAUGACUCUUCCCUCCAUUGGCAUCCCUCUGCUUCUCUGGUACUCUAGCAAGAGGAAGUAUGAUUCCCCAAAGGCCAAGAAGAACUGAAAAGGGUUGGGGAUGAAGUCAGAAGGUGUAAUGGGCACAGGAUGUAUGAGUAACUUAAUAGCCCAUAUUGGGAGUAAAGAUUGAAAACAAAAUGAUCAAGCAACAUUUAACAUUCACACCUAUACUUUCAUGGUUAAACACAAGUUGUCUGUUAUCAUCCAUAGGGGACAUCUAGGCUGCUCCUCAUGAUUGCAAAUGUUUGUGUGAACAGAGUUGGUAGCAUAACAGAGCUGUUUCUGUAAUUCAAGGAAUCCUUGCCAUUUGACUUCAUAAAAACAAACCAGGUUUUUCUAA